AUGAACGUGCUGACGAUAUUAUUUUUCACCACUUUCUCAGUUGCAAUUCAUGCUCAUUUCUUACAUCCUGGUUCUAUUGAUUGUGCUCAAUUGUUAAAAUCUGGCCAUAACGAGAGCGGUUUAUAUAGAAUUUGGCCCUUGAAUUGGGGUCAUAUAGGGAGUAUGUUAGUUUAUUGCGAUAUGGAAACUGAUGGAAACGACAGAAUUUUCUCUUUGACCAAUCAAGGAAAUUAUUCCUUGAGGAUUGACAUUAAAGAUAUCGAUGGAAAAAGGCGAUAUGCUAUCUACAGAGAAUUCUGGAUCGAAAACGAAGAUCAAUAUUAUAGAAUACAUUUAUCUGGAUUCGAAGGUCACGGAGGUUAUUCUUUGAGUUAUUCUAAUAAUAAAGAAUUCAGUACUAAAGACAACGAAAAUAAUGAAGGCUUGUGUGCAGAAAAAUUCAAAGGUGGUUGGUGGUAUGCUGAUUGUAUAAAGCCAGAUACGAACAUAUUUUAUCUAAAUGGGCCCUAUGAAAAUUCGGAUGCAUCAGAAGAAUCAAGAUAUUCACCCGAUGCAGAAAUGAAAAUAAGACCCGCAGAUUUCUCUUUGUAAAGUUUUCAAAUUGA